ACAAACCAUCGUGGCGGAGCUUGGAGUCAUGAUGUCGUCUAAAAGAUGGACAAAUUUAUGAAAUUCGACGUAUAGAUCUUCAAGCAAUGACAUCAGUGAACGUUUUCGUGACCAACAAUACUUACAUUGACUUCGACGUCUUCGGCCAUUGGUUGAACGGGCUAACAGUCCAUGAAGCGGUGCAGGUGCGGCUGCAGAGCGGGAUCCUGCAGACGACAGGCGCCUCCCCCGACGUGCUCCAGAGCGACACGCUCGACAACUACCGCACCUUCUCCCUGCUGGAGCGCUUCCUGCAGUCGCCGCCCAAACUGGCCACGCAGGUCCUGCUGCAGAUUCCCGCAGCCGUGCAGAGGACGCUGAUUGAGAAGUACUAUGACUUUGACAGCGAGGUAAUCCGUGAAAUUCUCGGCAAGAAGCUGACCAAUCGGCACAGGAAGGACGUCGAUGAUGUCAGCGAGAGAACCAACAUCCGGCUGCGCAGCUGUAGGAGACAGUAUGACAACUGCAAGAAUAUCUUCAAGACAGUGGAGGACAUGGAGGGUUCCCUGGUCAACAACAUCAGUGUCCACUUCCUGCUGCCAGAAAAACUGGCCAAGAAGUACGCAGCCAUUGUGUUCUUCAGUAAUAACCGGUUUGAGACGGGGAAGAAGAAGCUGCAGUAUCUGUCGUUUAAUGACUUUGCAUACUGUGCCGACCUCAUGAUCCACAACUGGACGUUUGGAGCAGCCGACUCCCAGGCAGAUGACAUGGAUGUGGAGAUGGACCGGGUCUUCCUGCAGGAGCUCAGGGAUCUGAAGGUGCUCACAGGAGACAAGGACGUGUACGAGAAACACCGAGGCUUGGUCUGUUCCGCCCUGAGAGGCAAGAUUCCAGACCCGACAUAUGCUGAUAUUGAGAGCAACUUCAAGAACCUGUCAAGGUGCAUCGUGAGCGUCGCCUCUGGUCUCAUCCACAGCAAGGAGCUGAAGGACUUCUUUGUGGACUUGGUGGAGAAGUUCAUCGAGCCUUGCAGAAAUGCCAGGUGGAGUAAGAGGGAUGUCGAGGCGUUCCUGAAGGCGUAUGAGGCAGCAAUCCAGCAGAUUCCGCAGCUAAAACGGUACCAACCGCACCUACUGACUGUGUGGACCCGCUACAUGACAACACUCAAGAAAUGUAUCCUGCAGCUGUAUCACUGCUGACACCUGGAACUGAAAGUCUAAUGUAGGGAACAUUUGAUAGCUGACACCUGAAAGUUAAGAUGACAGCUGGGAACUUGGAACAGCAACUAUAUCACAGCUGACACCUGGAACGGCAGCUAUGAUAUAGCUGUAGCUGGAAUAGCAGCGAUGAUAUAACUUGAACUUGGAACAGAAGCUAUGAUAUAGCUGUGACCUGGAACAGCAGCUAUGAUAUAGCUGUACCUGGAAUAGCAGCUAUGAUAUGGCUGGCACCUGGAAUAGCAGCUAUGAUGUAGCUGACACCUGGAACAGCAGCAUUGAUAUAGCUGACCUGGAACAGCAGCUAUGAUAUAGGUAGCACCUGGAAUAGUAGUUGUAUCAUAGCUAACACCUGGAACAAAAGCUAUGACACCUGUGUUUGUGCCACUAUUGCACCUUUAAGUACUGUAGCAUCUGUUCCAGUAGUAAGUAAUUGUUACUCAAAGCUGGACAGUGUGUAAACAAGUGUGAAAUGUAGCUUAUCUAUAUGUUAUGUUCCAUGUGUGAAUAACAGAGUGUACAUACUGUGAAUAGUAGAGAUAUAGGUAUGAUUUAGAAAUACUUCCAUCUGUACUUAACAUAUGGGAUGAACAUUCCAUUUACAGUUCUUGUUGCAAGUACUCAGAUGAAGAAGCCUGGUUACCAUCCCAGUUAGUUUUACUGGUUGGUGAGAACACAGGAGAGGAGUGAGUGUUAAGACUAGGAUUGUUACUGAAGGGGGCAAUAAAGUCACAAUAUAUGACAAUGGCACAAUCUACUAUUAUUAGCCUCCUUUUCAGGCAUUCCUGGGAUCAGUCUCCCUGGAUCAGGGAUGGCUAUGUACGGUUGGCGGCGGGAGCUUCUAUUACGUGCCAUCUACGUUUGGUCAGAAAAUACCCCCCCCCAAAAAAAAAAAACGCCGAUCCCAGAAUUGAAAAGGAGGCUAACAAUCUAUGUGUAUCUGAAUUCUGAAUAAACUGUCACAACAACAAUUCAAGGUUG